AUGGGUCUCAUGCAAGGCAAAGUAGUUGACCGCUCGCUUGUCAUCAUCGACUCGUUCGCUUUGCCUGUCCAAGGGACCGAGACUCGCGUCAACGCCCAGAACGAAGCAAACGAGUAUAUGGUGCAGUUUAUACAAGGCAGCGAACGAGUGCGUUACCACUUCUUUCCUCCUAUCCACACCACGUUCAUCUCACUCAAUCAACACGCGCAGGUCGGCCGGCUUGAAAACGCUGUAGGGUGGUACCACUCGCACCCGGGCUACGGGUGCUGGCUCUCUGGGAUCGAUGUCGAUACACAGAUGACGAACCAGAAAUACCAAGACCCCUUCGUUGCGGUCGUAAUCGACCCAAACCGCACGAUCUCCGCCGGCAAAGUCGACAUCGGUGCGUUUCGCACGUACCCCGAGUCGUACACCCCACCCGAUGCGGCGUCGUCCGAGUACCAGUCCAUCCCACUAAACAAGAUCGAGGACUUUGGUGUGCACGCCAACCAGUACUACCCACUUGAAGUGCAGAUCUUUAAAAGCAGCUUGGAUGCGGAGCUGUUGGGUCUAUUGUGGAACAAGUAUUGGGUGAACACGCUCAGCCAGAGCGCGCUCAUUUCGAAUCGUGCGUAUGCUGCAUCCCAGUUGGCGGAUCUUGCACAGAAGCUUGUGAAGGCGCAAUCUUUCGUGCCCAGUUCCAAGGCUCCACCACCGGCGCUGAAGGAUGACAAGAACGCGAAGAAAGAGGAGAAGAAGAGAGAGGAUCAGAAUCAGUUGUUGAAAGGCGUCCGUGAUAGCGACAAAAUCGCGACAGAGGCGCAGCACGGAUUGAUUUCGCAAGUGCUCAAAGACCUGAUUUUCUCGAUGCGUCUGCAGGACGGCGCGAAGUCGGAGCUAACAGACGUCAUGGACACCGCUAUGGCGAUCGGAUAG